AGGGGAUGUCAGCGCACCUGAAGCCACGGCCCCCGUCAUCAUGGUCCCCCCGCGCAACAGGACUGUGGUGGCCGGGUCCAGUGAGGCCACCUUGGAGUGUGUGGCCAGUGCCAGGUCUGUGGAGGAGCUGAGUGUGACCUGGAAGGGACACGGGAUGACAGUCACCAGCAGGCUCCACAGCUUUGGGAGGCGCCUCACCGUCAGCAACCCGACCUCAGUGGACACCGGGCUGUACGUCUGCGAGGAGGCACUGCGGGGGAGCGGCUUUCAGCUGGCCAGAGCCAGUGCCUUCCUCUCUAUCAUAGGUUUUGUAUCCCUGGCCCAGUGCUGCUGCCUCAGUCCCAACCACCUGGCCUGCCUGAUCCUGGAGCAGUGGGAGGAGGGCUGGCAGGGUCUGGCUGCAUGA